GCGAGUUACAACAACUGUAGAUGGCUUCGUCAACGGACCAAAGCUCAAUGAAAACGAUGCCGUCUUCUCGAGGACUUGGAUCUAUUUCAGACCUCAAAAACCUCUUUCCUACGAAAACACACUUUUUGAUUUUCGUAGGGUACAUGGCCCUAUUUAUAAGCCAAGGUCUGUGGGCUAACUUACCACACUUAAUUCGUUUCCUUAUUCUCAAUAAACAAAAAAACCUCGUUAAUUGAUUUCGCAGUAUUGGCUUUUUCUUACUUGAUAUUUGUGGUAUAGUACAAUAUAUUCUUUGUUAUGCUCGAUAUGUGUCACAGUAAUUAAUAUUGGCCGCUUUUUUUCCGACAGGCAUCCUUGUUACAGCAACUAAAGACAAAAGCAACCACUACUCGUAUAAUACUGUCACUGUGGUUCUACUGACGGAAUUCGUCAAACUCAUAAUUGCCGUCGGAAUUCAGCUUCAAACGUAGGUGUAUUGAAAUUAUAAUUAAACAUAUCGUGUUGUAAAGCAGUUUUACACGCAUAUAAUAUCUUGCAAGGCUUGUAUAUGUUUGUAUAUUGUGAUCAGCUGGAUGUGUACUGUGAAGGUGUUGUUGUCAGCGUGAAAGCACAGACUUGAAAAGCACCAUAAAAUUGAAAUCGCUUUGUUUCUGUUUAGAUCAACUUUCGGGGAGUUCUUGCAGCAUAUCCGAUCUAAUGUCAAAGGUAUUUUUCUGUUUUUUCUUAUCCUUACAAUUAAAAUAGUCCUGUUGUGGCUAGAAGUCCCCUAAAGUUUAAAGUAAAUGAUUAAAUUUUAGAUUGUUUGGUGAUUGUGUGAAAUCAGUGUUAAAGGUAAUUGAAAAUUUACUUGCACACGAGUAUUUUCUUUGAUUUUAGACCCUUGCCUUGACACUGUAAAUCUUGAAUUCUUGUAAAUUGUCAAACAGACAUCAACUUGUUUUAAAUUAAUUAGCAAAAAAUUUACUUGUCAACCUUUUUCCCUGAGAUCUUUCCCAUCUAAUGUUAAUGUAUACCACUCACUAUGGCACUGUCUCUAUAAAGAUGUAGACCAGCUUUAUUUAAAAGAUAUACACAUGCUUAAUGUUGCCUCUUUUCUCUGAUUUUGUCUCUAGUGCUGGUACUUUACGUGGUACCUUCCUUCAUGUACUGUCUCUAUAACAACUUGGCUUUUGUGAAUUUAGCCAACUAUGACCCAACAACUUACUACCUCCUGCUGCAGUUUAGAGUUGUGGUAACUGGAGUAAUCUUUCAGGUAAUAAUGCAGGCAAUAACUCUGUUUAAUCUAUCAUAAUCUCUUUUCUGUUUUAUUUUUCCAGGCAAAGCUGAUAAGUUUUGGACACCUCUGAUUAAAUUUGUUUUGCUAAUCUUACCAUCACAUUUUUUAAAGUCAGAUAGGGAAAUUUUUCUUUGGGGAAAUUUUAAAAAAUCUGACAAAUAUGGUUCUUUUGCUUAGAAAUCAGAAAUUGAGCAUUCUUUAAGAUUUCAUAUGUAGUCAUGGGAAAAACCACCUAAUUAGCAUUUCAAAUUAUGGAAGAAUUCUUCUAAUAUAGAAUGGUUGCUUUGCCAAUUUUUUUUGGAAAUGAUUUAGUCAAUAUUAGUUUUAACACAUGUUCCACAUGCAUAUUUGUUUUCAGAUAAGUUUUAGAGUUUUACACCUUUCAGUGAAACAACAAAUCAGUGAAGUUACUCCCUCCUUAAGGGUUUUCUGCCCAUAAGCAAUUAGUAAUGAAAACUAUGAAACUAUGCAGCAAAUCAAGAUUUUGAUUUCACUAAUAGUGAAAGCUUUCCUUUGGAGCACCUCAACUCAUUAAUUUUUUUUUUCGGUGAUUAAUUAUUAACAAACUCCAGCCUAACAUCAAUCCAGUAGACUUCUCUUUUCAAAGGACACUUGUCAGUCCCUGAGGGCGUCCCCUUCAGGGGAGUUCCACCGUGAUUUCAUGUCUUGUUUAGGGCAGUGCCUCUUUUCAACCAAGAGAUGCAAGUCCUGAUUUUUUUAUAAAUUAGACAUUGUUAUCCAUGUCUGUCAGGAUAUGUUCAAAUUCUCAUUUGGUCCUCCAUCUUACAAAAGGAAACUUAUGCUACAAUGUGUUUGGGGAUUUAAAAAAAGUUUUUCUCUUGUUUCCAAAUUUUUGCUACCAGCCAUGGUGAUCAGAAUUGUAACAGCUUGGAGCUCUGAACCUAAAUGUUUAUCUUACUUAACCUUGUAACUCCCAUGAGUGACCAAAACAAAAUUUCUCCCUACAAUAUCAAUACAAUAUCAAGCAGACAAGUGAUGAGAAUAAAGAAAAAUACCAGUUAAUCAGUUAAGGGAUAAUAAGUUGAUCCAAUACCAAAUUCUCCAAACUAACAUCACAAGAACUGUAUGGCAGACAGUAAGGAGAAUUACUAAUGAGAUUAUGGUAGUUAAAGGGUUAAACUUAAAACUUGGUGAUUCAGUAAAUGGAACUCUUAAUUUCUUUAUACUAUGCAAACUGGGAUCAGCUUGAAUUGCAAGAGCUGCUGGGCUUGAGGAUAGUUUUGACCUAAUCCACUUAGAAGAGAGAAUUAUUGAUCAGAUCUUGUGAAUUAAAAGUGUUUAAGAACUUACCUGUAUUUUUUUCUUGCAGAUAUUGUUUAGUAAGAAGCUAAGUGGGCUUCAGUGGGUAUCUUUGCUGUUGCUAACAUCUGGUUGUAUUAUCAAGCAGAUCAAAUUUGAGAACCUUGCGGCAGGAAGUAGCUCUUUCUCCAUACAGUUUGACAUUCAUCUUCUGUUAAUCCUUGUCCAAGUGUUUUGUUCCUGUUUUGCUGGUGUUUAUAAUGAGUAUUUGUUAAAGGGCAAAGGUGGUGAUGUGCCAUUUAUGGUUCAGAAUUUUUUCAUGUAUGUAGACUCAGUCUUGUGUAAUUUUGCCGUUCUCUGGUACAAUGGCACAUUAUCUGAUGCAUUUACUGGAGAAAGCCUAGCAUCCAUUGCCAGAGGUAAAGUUUUGGCCAUUAUUUUCAAUAAUGCUGGCAUUGGCAUAACCACAGCAUUGUUCCUGAAGCAGCUGAAUUCUAUUCUUAAGACUUUUGCUAGUGCACUAGAGAUCAUGUUCACUGCUGUAUUGUGCUGGAUUAUCUUUGGAAUUCCAGUUGAUAUUUUCACGUUCGUUGCCAUUGCUAUUGUUUCUUACGCAGUAAUUCUUUAUGCUCAUAAUCCUGUAGAUAACACACCUAAGCCUGUAGAGGGCAAUCAGAAAUCAAACACUAGUGUUUAGAAGCUAAUUUCUUUUUAAAAUCACACACACACCUAAGAGAGGAAGGUACCCAAAGAAAUAAGUUUUGGCUGUAGGUAUUAGAUACCAGGAUAGUGGGUUGCAGGUGAACUAGCUGAAGAGCUAGCUCUUAGCUAUCCAAGACAUGUCAGUUGAAGUUUUGGAAUGGAAAAGAUUUUAGAAAAUGAAUUCAAGGUAGAAGGUAGACUUGAAGGUGGAGAUGACAGUCAGGUUUUCUCCAAGUUUUGUAGUGAGGAGAGCAAAAAGAGUGAUCACCAUCUAAUUUCCUCUUACAUUAUCAUCCCUAAGUCACACAUGUAGAUCACAAGAAAAAGGGAAAUGAUCACCAACUAAAGAAGUUUUUGAUUCAAGUUCUCCUUUUCAGCACCCCUGGGAAAUUUAUAGAGAAUAGUAUGGAGAUUAUACAUACCAAUGUUAGGUGGUAAAGGAUUAAAAGAAGACUGGCUAGUAUCUAGUUUAUUAGAUUUAAUAUGUAGUCUUUAACAUCUUUAGUUGAUGACCAAAGUGACCAGUGAACUUCACCACUUCUGACUUAAAGAGAAAAGCAUUUUACUUUAAUUAAUUCAUUUAUUUGUUUUCAUAAAGCUAUUAUCAAAUGUAGGUCUGUGUUAAGAUCAAUUUAUACUGUGCACUUUUUGCUUGUGAUUUUUGCAUGUAAACACCUAAGAAAUGAGAGAAUUGAUGAAGAAGGGAAAUUAGUUUGACCAACAAAUCACCUGUGACAACAUCAGAGGUAAAAAAAAAAAGAAUUAAGCAUUUAAAUUGGUCUUGAAUUGCAGAUGAGCUAAUACAGAACACAUUCAUGCAGCUAAUUUUAGUUAAGCAUUACCAAGUAAAUAUUUUCUUUCUUUAAACUUUAAAUCUCCAGUUAACAACUAGCUUUUCAGACUUAAGAAUGUUUAACACAUGCAUCCACAUCUACUAUUGGAAAAGGUUAAUAAGGUCUUAGUUAUGUCUUAGUACAGUACUGAACUGUUCAGGAACACACCUACCAUCCACAUGUCAAAAUACACUUUCAUAUUUCUAACUGUGAUAAAGUAGAUUACAUAGUCUAAACAGUUGAAGUUGGUAUUUUAUUAGCCAGGGCCCAGUUAUUCAAAGGGUGGAUAAUGCUAUCCAACAGAUAAAUUGCUAUCCUGUAGAUCAGUACUAACAAAAUGUACUGUGCUAUCCACUGGAGAGAGAUUUAUCCAUUGGAUAGUAUUAUCCACCUCUCCAACAACUGAGGUCGGGUUUUUUAAGUUUUCCAUUACUUUUAUCCAUUUGGGUUAAUUUUUUUCCUUUUCCCAUGCUCAAGAGGAAUAUAUUUUUCAUUUUUAAGGGUAUGACCACCUUUAAAUAAGGACAUGAAAUGGUUAAAAGAGUCCUGAAUUGUGUGUCCCACAUUAAGUCUUUGCACAAUUUCUCUAAUGAGAAAUAAAAAA